GUUUUCCCCACUGCUGGUUUUCCCCAUUGAAUGAACAAACACAACAACUUCGAGCUGUAGUAUUAUGUGAAUGUGAUUGCUACGCUACGUACAUAAUAUCAGCUGGACGAAUGAAAGAGAGAGGGAAGCAAGAGACAAACGGAAACCAUCCAGCCUAACAGGAGAACGAGCUCUAUUAACUGCCAAUUGAGCCAUCAAGGCAGCCUUUAAUUGUUUCAAGUGCUUCAUCAAUGGAUGUCUCAAUUACCAGAAGUCUAAGAAUUCAGGAAGCAAAGGUUUAGCGUGUAUUCCUGAAGAUUCAAAGUGAUCACAUUCCAUGUGGUCACUAUGCCUAAGAAGAAGGGUUCACACAAGAACAAAAAAUGGCAACAGUCAUCAGCAAAGCACGUCAGCCAAAGAAGCACCAAAGAUGAGAGUACGAAAGGACCCAGUUCCGAUCCCCAAGGGACACCAGGCGACAGAGAGAAAGCAUGGCGCACGAGUGAUGGAGCCACAGCAAUAGCUGCAAUGCGACUUGAAGAGGAGGACGUUCAACGAGACAGGAUGGCUCCACUCCAAAACCGCAGCCCACCGGUUGACCAACCUUCAUACGAUGUGGAAGUACAAGAGAACUUGCUUCAGAAACUGCCAGAGCUCACCGAACUCACUCUGUGGAAGGUCAGUGAGGUCAUUUCACCGCACAGAUUCAUGCCAUUGGGACUGAAGCUUGGUCUACCUCAGAUAAAGCUGAAGAUCCUGCUUGAUGAAAGAAGCGUCAUCUGCCAACAGGAAGAGAAAACCUUCAUGAUGCUCUACCAGUGGUACAAUGACCAAGGAGGUGACCUGUCCAAGUUCUUCUUCAAGGUUCUGACAACAGACGAGGGUCUAGACCAGGAACAAGUCUUCAAAUUUUUUUUUGAGCAGCAGCACACAUGCACAAGCUUUUUUGGAAGAUCUUUCCAGGAUUUGCAGCUGUGGGAUAUAGCAGAGGAACUCCAUGUGGCUAAGCUGAUCCCGUUGAGUCUUCGAUUAGGUCUGACCUAUGCAAAGAUCUGCAGUAUUCGAGAGGACAGCAACAGUCAUUCUGUAGAUGUCCGCUACAACGUCAUGGUAAAGUGGCAAAAGGAACAAACAGCUCAGAUCGACCAGGUCGAAACUCUCGCCAGGAUUCUGGAGGCAUGCCGUGAGAGAAGAAUAGCAUACAAGAUCCGCCAGAAUCACUUGGGUGUCACCAAUGAGGGGAAGACUUUGCUUAUCAGUGAAGACCAGCCUAUGGAGGGAGUGGCAGAAGUUCAGCUCAAUGUCACCCAUUCCAACCAGUUGGUAAGGGAAGAAGCACAAGGUAAAAUAAAAGCUCUCCUAGAUGCCAGUUCCUCAGAGGUCAGUCUAGUCCCAUCCACAGGAGUAGCAGCAGAUUUUCUAGAGGGGCUGAAGACAUUCAGCAACUUGUGUAAGCGUCACUCAGACUUCGUGAAGUGCUUGGAGAGGAGCAUAGGGAGGGAUGGAUUCUACAAGCUCAUUGGAUUGACUCAUGAUUCUAUUCAUUUCCAUGUGAAGGUGUACACCAUUGAAGGGCUACGUUGGCUUCAAAGUGAUGUCCAAAGCGGGCGCAUCGGACAUCAGCUUGGAAAGGUGCUCGUCUCCGAAAAAAACAAGCAGCUAGUUCUAGAAGAUAUCGUUCUAGACGUUGCGCCUGAAGGAAGUGGUGCUUGGGAUCUACUUUCACAUGCAGUCAUUGACCCAAUCCUUCCCAGCACUAGUCUGUCAACAGAUUUUGAGAAUAGGGAAGCAUUGAAAGAAGACAGAACAUCAUCUCCAGAUCUCAUGGCCCACCAAGAAUACCCAGUUGUCCCGGAAGCCACUGUCAGAAAGCAGGUAGUCACUCAGGAGGAAGAAAACUCUGGUCACCUAGCUGGUGGGUCUCCUCUGGCAACACCUGGAGAAGUUGCUUCAGUGGCAUCUCAUGUAUCAAUGAGACAAGAGAAAUGUGGGCCUGUAACAAGCACAGAAAAAGCAUAUCCAGGUGAAGCAUCAAAAGAGAUGAAGGACUGGACAGAAGAAGAGGUGGCCAUCUGGCUGAAAAGUAACGUACGACUCUCCGAUGAACUUGUCAGUAAGUUUGAAGGGGUGGAUGGUUUCACGUUGGUGAGGUAUACCAAACAUGAACUGAUAGAAGAUUUCGAACUUUCUGCAGGAUAUUGCAGAAGAUUGAUGUUAAGGAGGGAGCAUUACCUUGAAAACGAACGAAUGGGCAUCGUGACCACUCCGGAAUCUGCAUCAUCUGAUAGUAGAGAUGGAAAAAACAAGGUAAAUGCAAUGGAGAGUGUGAAUACACCCAGUCCAGAGCUUACCCCACCACCAGCAACAUCAGCAGAUUCAGAUGAACCGGUACCACAGGGGGAAAGUAUGCAAAAUACCUCAUCUUCUUCACCUAUGGGUAACAUCCAAUUAGACUCCAGAGAUGUGGAAGCUCCUGGAAAGAAACAAACUACAACAGCUCCUGCUCUAAGGGAAGUUCCUGUUGCAUCUCUUAAGAUGGAACAGGACACCCUGGAAUCUGCAUCAUCUGACAGUAGGGAUAGAAACUACAUGGUAAGUGCAAUAGAGAGUUUGAAUGCACCCGGUCCAGACUUAGUAGAACCUACCCCACCACCAGCAACGUCAGUACCAUCGGCAGAUACAGAUGUACCAGUACCACUAGGAGAAAUUAUGCAAAAAACCUCUUCUUCAUCUAUAGGUAACAUCCAUGUAGACUCCAGAGGUGUGGAAGCUCAGGGUAAGAAACAAACUACAACAGCUCCUUCUGUAAGGGAAGUUUUUGUUGCAUCGCUUAAGAUGGAACAGGACACCCUGGAAUCUAAUGUAGACAUGGAGACAGGAUACGGCUCAUCCUAUACUUCUGCCACACCAAAUCCAUCUGAAGUGGAUUUACCAUUGCCUCCAUUUCGUCAUCCAGAAAGGCAGGAAUCACUGUAUCAGGGGUCUGGGAUUGAAGGUAAGGACGGUGACUCAAAUGCAGAAAGAAAGCUUACUAAUCUUCUUCUUGGGUCUGACAAAGGUGAGCUUGAUUCAUCCUACUACCCAGUUCUGGUUGUCAACACACCUGCUCAACAGUUGAGUUCUGCAGAGUUGGAGGAAAGGUUUGGUUUCAUGUCUUCUGUCAAUUGGAAUGUUGUAUUUGACUGCAAUGAAGAUUCCAACAAGAUGGGGCUCUGUCAUUAUGUGAAUCAGAAGAAAUCAAUUAAGAUCUUGAGUGCAGAUACAUUCACAGAGACCAAGGAUGUAGAUGCCCUUAGAGAAGAUAUUGACUUCCCAGAGAUCCCUGUUUGGGUGUUCCCUAAUGGUCGGAAUGAUGUGAAUGUGGCAGGAAUGGACAAGAUGUUAGAUAUGGACUGGAUGAGAGAGCGCUCACAUGCAGUCUUGAACACUGUCCGGUUCUUCUCUGACCCUGGUGUCAUUCCGCCAGGCAGAGCAGUUGUUGUGUUCUUCCUGCUUUCAUAUUUAGAUAUCAUGGUCAUGACACAGUUGUUCAGGGAGUUCUACACUUCCAAAUCGUUUCAGGACCUGAAACGUUUCACUGUCAUCGCAGAGAAUCAAGGUAUACUGCACAAAUGGAUUCAGCAUCUUGAAAGUCAAAGCAUCGUUUCAAGCAAGGAUAUGAAAGAUAGAUGUCUUGGAGGAGUGCCAUGGCAGGAGAUCAACACAUACAUGUUGAGACUUCUAGGGUCCUGUGAGACACGUUUGCCAGAACUUCCCAUGUUUCCUAGAGGACAGUGCGAACUAAGGAAGAAACACCAGAGUCAGUGGACAGACAUAUCAGUCCUAGCAAAGAAUGAGUGUGAAAACACUUCUAUGGAUGAGAAUAACCCCAAAUUCUUAGACUUUGUUCAAGAGAAAGAGUCUCGAUUCUAUCAAGGUCAUGGAGUUGACUGGUGGAAUUUCUAUCUGUCGGAAGAGAGGCUGAAUGGAGGUAAAGACUACAAUCAUGUUCUGAAGCGUCAGAUUUACAACAGGCUCCAUUCUGAUGUUCGUAAAGUACUCAAUUCUCAAGGCAAGAAGGUCUCCCACAUUUCAAUGGCAACUGUCUUUCAUGAAGCAGGCUCAGGAGGCACAACGGUAGCAAAGAACCUCUUGUGGGACUUGCACCGACAAUACAGAUGUGGAGUUGUCAAUAGGGUCACUAACGACACAGUGAAUCAGAUUGUUGCCUUCCACAAGUAUGGCUAUGAGGAAGGACAAAAUCCAGGGCCAGUUGUCCUCCUCUUGGAAAACCUGGAUUCUGAGACCAUUCGACCGUUUCUAAUAAGCCUUGAAAGAGAAACCAGGUACUUAGAAAACAAUGGAUUGGCUUUUGUUCUCAUCCAUUGCAAAAGAACCUCAGAGCCGCAACGCCAUCAGCAGAAGGAAGAAUCAAAGACAUGCGCUUGUGUUGAACAUAAACUAACAGAAGAAGAGAAUCAGUGGUUCACAAAGAAGACCAAAGAUCUUGAGCAGAGGAGUGUGUUCAGUGAAGAGGAGUCUCCUGAGCUACUUCUUGCUUUCAUGGUAAUGAAAAAAGAAUGUAAUCCUGAAUAUCUGAAAAAUGUUGUGAAGGGCAUUCUUCCUCAAGUUGGCAAAGAGCCCAAGAAGUCACUCCAGAAUGCUGUCAAUCUAUUGAAGUAUAUCGCUGUAGUGCGGAAGUACAAUCCUGGUUUUGCAAUGCCUGUUUCUGCCUGUGACGGUUUUAUGCAAAGUCAAUACAGAGUGAUGUCCACUGGUCGGCGACAGACGCUUGGACCCUGGGAGAAACAUAGGGAGCCAUUUCUGAACCUGCUUCUCCUCGAAGUAUUCAUUCAAGAUAUUGAUGGCUGUGUGAAAGGCCUUGCAAUCGUCCAUCCUGUUAUUGCUACAGAGAUUGUAAAGCAGCUUGGUGAACUCUUCCAACAAAAACCUGCUGACAUGAUCCUUGAACUUCUUGAAAAGUCAACAAUCCUUGACACCUUGUCUUACAGCAAAGGCUACAUUCAGAAGGUUUGCAGGGAUUUGAUGGUAAGGAGACUGAAGAAAGAGUACGGAGAUGAUAGAGAGACUGACUUUGCCCCUUUCAUUGAAGAUGUAUAUGCAGAAGAUAGGGCAAAGGCAUACAAGAUCAUGGAAGUUGGCAUCAAGAAAUUCCAAGACCCAUUCAUAGCACAACAGAAGGCUCGACUUCACAGCAAGCGAGAAGAUGAUUUUGAUAAUGCAGAGCAAGCCAUCAAUAUAGCACUAAGCAUUGUCUGCAAGAACUCAUACUUGUGGGACACAAAGGGAAUCAUCCUUCGACAGAAGAUGACACAGUAUGAGCGCAGGGUGGACAAAGGAAUUAUCAGUGACAGUGAAAUGAAGGAGUUGUUGGAUACUUUCCGUGAAUCUUGCACAGCAUUUCAAAAUGCUCAGAAGGCUAUGGAAGAAGAAACAAGAAAAAGGAAUUAUGCUGGCUUUGUGGGUGAAAUCACCACCAUUGCUAAAUUCCUGGAAAUUGUACUGAAGAGGGUGAGACCUUUCUGUUCCCGGAAUAAUGGAUUGGAGACGUUGAGGCGGUAUCUAAUGACAGAAUAUAUUCCUCCUGAUCUCACCCUACCUUCACUCUUUGAAUUCAGUGAUACCAUGAAAUCCUUGGCAGGGAGGGUCGACGAAGUGCUAGGACGUUUCACUGACUAUCUUGCUCACUGUGCACAGCAACGAUUUGAUGGAGCCUCGUACAGAAUCUAUGAUGACAAAUUGGAGAAAAUCUACACUGCCAGACAACGCUUCUUUGCUCUGUCGUCUCCAAAGUCUAAAGAUGUACAUGUGCAUGCACAGUACCCAGUGGAAACUGCUUAUGCGAUGAGACGAUCUGAAGUGAAAACGAUGAAUGCGGAUGGAUACCAACAGAUCUUUGACAUGGCUUCAAAGAAGAAAGUGGCUGAUCUCAAACAGGUUCAAUCUUUGCUCAGGCAAAACCUUAGUAGUCCAAGUCUUUUUGACAUCAGGAACUUUGUGUUUACCCUCUUUGCCUUGUCUGUCUGUCCCAAUGAAGGAUUAGAUGAGGCGGAGGCCAGAAAGUCAGUGAACAUCCUGAAGAUGAUGGAGGAAAAAGACAAUGGGUUCUUUGGCUUGUUCUUUGAGAUGCUGUUAAAUUGGCCCGAUGGCACACCCAGAGAAGGAAGCACACCAAUCGGAGAGACAAUUAGGCAACUGAAUGCUAGGUGGACUGGUAGAUACCGCAAUAAGGUGUAUGCAGAGUCUCGACAUGACCUGCCCAAACGAUCCAGAAUUCGUCAAAAUUACAGCCCCCUGAAGCCUUCCACAGAGUUCUAUCUUGGACUUCAGAAUGAGAAAUCCCAAUUUGUCCAUCGAAAGUCCAUUGGACGAGUCACGUAUGACAUAUGGAAAGAAGACUCCAUCAAGAAGAGACUCAGGCGGUUGGAUGGUGUCCUAGACAGCAAGCACUUUGUCUUGUACAACCCUGAUGGAGAAGAACCAGUGAAGAUCCUUCUGUCUCUUCCAAUCAAGGGUCUACCUAGCCAGGAACCUGUUCAGUUCUACCUAGGGUUCUCAUUUGCUGGCCCUCUUGCGUAUGAUGUAGUGUACAAGGACAACAGAGAGACCCCCUUCAUUGCGAAAGAAAGUUCUUCAAACUACCCUUCAUAUGUCAAUGAACUUGAUGAUAUUGAUGAGGUCCCUGUAAGCUAUGACUUCUAAAGUUCUAUGGGACAUCAAGAAGCUUAGAUUCUACAGAUUAUGUUGCUUAGAAAAUACAGGAGUGCAAUUGUCUUCAGUUAAUGGAUAACGUUUGUUCAGAGUGCUCCAUUUCUUUCCCACCAAUCAUCAGACUAGCAAGUAUGUGCAUAUGCUUGAAUUCCAACAGGGGUAAUCAUAUAGUUUGUGAUGAAUUCCUGAAUGUUUUCAAAGUACAAAUGAAGAAAUCUGAACAUGUACACUUGAAAUUAUUUUUCUUAAAUAUUUGUAGCUGUAAGUAAGACAUAAAUCCAUGAGAUCUUUCAAAGUCUGCUUGUCAUCUUAAAGCGGGACUGCACUACUUGUAACUACUUUCGCCCUCUAUAUAGCAUACAAUGCCUUAGCGGUACCAUUGGUUCCCCAUGAUCCCCUUUUUCUUAUGUUAAUUGAGAGCUGAUUUGAUGAGAUAACCACGCAGGGAGGUCUAAUCUCUCCUAGCCAAACUAGUGCAGAUAGGCUCGAAGCAGGUGCAUUUAUUGAUACAUGUACUGUUGUUAUGUAGUUGCUUUUCAAGGCCGGGUUGUCAAAUUUUGUCUGUGCAAAUUGAUUAUAUGACGGGAAGUGCUUGUUACAGCUUUAAAAGGUUCUAUGAAAUAGUCACACAUGUCUGUCGCAAAUAAUACUAUUUUCCUGCAUCCAUUCAUGUUAAAAUAAUGUAUCAAACUUGUACAUGAAUCGUUUCUUUUUCUUUACAAUGUGAUGUGACCAUGUUCAUUUAGAAGUAGAUGUAUAUAUAUAUAUACAGAUAUGACGUUCAAACAUGAUUUUCUUUUGAAAUUGUGGCUGUAGAUGUUCCAUUUACCAACUUUAAUUACAUUUAUUGGUCAGUGAUAUAGAAGAGGUUUUGUUUGUGCUGAGGUUGUGAGAGACUUUGAGGAUCUGUGGGAUGUUGAUUAUCACUUUUUUUCGAUAUGCUCCAGUUGUAUGUAUUUUGCUCAAAAAAUUAGAAUAUAUGAAUCAAUAUUUUGAAGUAUAAUUUCUUUUAGAAUGAAAUCUAAAGAGAAUAUGAUAUUGUAUUGUUUGCAAACUGUUUUCUGUCAUCGAUUUGUUUUUGAUUUGUAACCCCAGCUGUUCAGGCUACCAAAUGUGUGGGCAUAAUCUGUAAUAUUUGUGAAAUGUUAGAAAUAUGUUUGAAAUACAAGGGAGAAAAAAAGUGUUCGAUGGAAAAUGAAAUGAAUUCAUUGUUUGUCAGUGAUAUUUGAAACCACAUGAAUUCAAUAAGUUUGAGUUCUAUGUAUAAGAGAAAUAUGUCAUGUAAAAGAAAAGGAGAAGAAUUAAUUGUUAUUAUGAUGUCUCUGAUCUUAUGGAUAGGCAGAAUACCAUUGCUGUUUAUUUCCAUUAUGGUCUUGUACACACUUGCAUAUCAAAUUGUAUCUGCUUUUAACUAUGUAGCUCGUGUGCUAAUACACUGUACUGUAUUAUUUAGGUGAAAAGAACAUGAUGUGCUAUUGCAUGUCAUAUAUAUAACUUGACUGUGUUAUGUUCAGAGAAACUGUAAAUAAAAGCAAUUGUAAUGUAUCAUACAUAAAUGGGAGUCUUGUUGCUGUUGAAAGUAUUUGCAAAUGUGAUGUUUAGUGUUGCCUAAUUGACACGCUGAGUUGACCGGUCAAGUGGAACAAACUCCACGAGACUUAUUACCAUGUAAUAUAGUGUAACCUUGUAAUAUCAGGAUUCAGAACUAAACUAAAAUAGAUUACAAGGAAGUGGGAAUGGCCAAAAUACCUCACUUUAACCCAUAGCAGUUGAGAUUUUUCUCAUUUUCUAAAUUUCUCCGCUUUUCCUCAGAUUGGCAACAGUUAAUCCAAUUUUCCUCUCCUUCAUAUUUUGAAGGGAAAAAAUGUUUGUUGAAUGUGAAAGAAAAUUGCAAAAUGUAACUAGAAAAUUGUAAAUUUGUACAUGGAAAAUAGUAAUUUGAUGUUAUAUUGUGCUUGCCAAUUAGAGACUGUAAUGAUUAGUUAAAAUUAGAUUGCUCUUUUUCCAGAAUGGCACAGUUAUGUACAGCAUUUGAAAAAGACUAAAAAUCUCAUUGAGAUGCCGUUUCUUGGUGUGCAGUAGGAAAUUACUUUCCAAUGCAAUAGGUGGUGUAAUGUUGAGACUUU